UCCUGUCCCCUCUCUUCCAGCCUGGUCUCCCCCAGUAUUGGUCUGCUUGUGUGGUCUGUCUCUCAGAGUCUUUCCCCUUUGUGUCUCCUGUGUGUUUUGGGUCUGUAAAGGAUGCAGAAUGAGGGGUAGGUUCUCGGAACUGGUCUGACAGAUCGAGAAACGUAGGCGCCGUCUGAGGUCAAGUCUCCAAUGCCAUUGUUUACUAUGAUGGUGCUGCCUUUAGUGGUAGACUGAUCAUAUCGCUCGGCUGCGCUGACAUCAUGCCUUGGGCUUAGCAGCCAGUUGUGACAUUGUUGCUUGUCUGUUAAAUCAGCCAAGCUGUAUGAAGUGAGAAGUUUAAAAAAAAAAAAAAAAUCGUUAAUAGUCUGUGAUCUGCUUUCAUCAGGAGCGAAGAGUGCUGGAGAGGAAGAUGAAAAAGAUUUUAAAGAAAGAGGAGAAAUUGCGAAAAAGAGAAGAGGGGACCGGUGAGGAGAAGAAAGAGGACCAGAGCAAAGCAACAGAGAAGGCACUGGAAUAUCUGAGCUGCUGGUCUGAGCGGAAAUCUGAGUGGAAGUUUCAGAAGAUAAGACAGACGUGGCUUCUUCAGCACAUGUAUGAUGCAGAAAAGGUGUCUGAUGCGUCUUUCUCCAUCACAAUGUCAUAUCUGGAGAAUAUGCGUGGAACGGCGCGGGACGUCACCGUUGAGAAAGCCGAGGCCAUGAUCAAAGAGGACAAAGCGGACGCGUCUCAAAGUGAAGAGGAGCAGAAAAGAAUAAAGAGGGCCCUAGAAGUUGUUCGGCUUCUCUCUGUAGACUAAUACACACACACACACACACACACAUGCACACCUUAUACAUUAAAACAUGUUUUAACUAAUUAAUGUGUGUGUUGCAUCAGUUUGUAGUUCCCCUCUCUGGAAUUUGGAUGAACAGUACACUGUCAUUUGCUCAAAUGAUUUACUGCUUUGCUCUAAGAAUGUACCACUGGAUUCAUCAACCUCCCCUAAAGAGUGCCCAUUUCCUUUUCUUGCAAUUAAAACACAUUCUAAAGAGGAAAGUGAUGUUGGUAGUUUGAAGGUAGCAAAGGUGUUAUUCAUCCUGCCUGAAAUGUUAUUUGACCUCAUUCUUUGUGCGACAUAAAAGAUGAAGAAAGGCUUUUGUUUUGUAAGCUGUGCAUGUAGACUUUAUAAGUAGUCAUUAUCUGCCCUUUUUUACUAUUAAACAAUACAUGUUUUAACAUAA